UCAGGCGGCUUCCCGCGGGGCCUCGACCUGCACCGGCUUCGCCAUGAAGACCCUCAUAGCUGCCUACUCCGGGGUCCUGAGAGGCACUGGCUCCAGCAUCCUUUCCGCCCUCCAGGACCUCUUCUCCAUCACUUGGCUCAAUAGGUCCCAAGUUGAAAAGCAGCUACAGGUCAUCUCGGUGCUACAGUGGGUCCUGAGUUUCCUCGUGCUGGGAGUGACCUGCAGCAUCCUCCUCAUGUACACAUUCUGCACCGAUUGCUGGCUCAUCUCCGUGCUCUACUUCACCUGGUUGGUGUUUGACUGGAACACGCCCAAGAAAGGUGGCAGGAGGUCACAGUGGGUCCGAAACUGGGCUGUGUGGCGCUACUUUCGAGACUACUUUCCCAUCCAGAUAGACCAGCUGAGGCAGAGAGGAGGGACUGUCCCAAGGCUGCAAAGCAAGUCAGUGGCAGGGCUGGUACAGAAACCAAGACUGUCUGCUUCAGGGCCCGUGUUCUCACUCCGUUCCUCUGCCACCAGUGUGCCCCACUGUCUGGUGAAGACACACAACCUGCUGACCACCAGGAACUACAUCUUUGGCUACCACCCCCACGGCAUCAUGGGCCUGGGUGCCUUCUGCAACUUCAGCACGGAGGCCACAGAAGUGAGCAAGAAGUUCCCUGGCAUCAGGCCCUACCUGGCCACGCUGGCCGGCAACUUCCGGAUUCCAGUGCUGAGGGAGUACCUGAUGUCUGGAGGCAUCUGCCCCGUGAACCGGGACACCAUAGAUUACUUGCUUUCAAAGAACGGGAGUGGCAAUGCCAUCAUCAUUGUGGUAGGGGGUGCAGCUGAGUCCCUGAGCUCCAUGCCCGGCAAGAAUGCUGUCACCCUGCGCAACCGCAAGGGCUUUGUGAAACUGGCCCUGCGCCACGGAGCCGACCUGGUUCCCACCUACUCCUUCGGGGAGAAUGAGGUGUACAAGCAGGUGAUCUUUGAGGAGGGCUCCUGGGGCCGAUGGGUCCAGAAGAAGUUCCAGAAGUACAUUGGCUUCGCCCCAUGCAUCUUCCAUGGCCGAGGCCUCUUCUCCUCUGACACCUGGGGGCUGGUGCCCUACUCCAAGCCCAUCACCACUGUUGUGGGUGAGCCCAUCACCAUCCCCAAGCUGGAGCACCCGACCCAGCAGGACAUCAACCUGUACCACGCCAUGUACAUGGAGGCCCUGGUGAAGCUCUUCGACCAGCACAAGACCAGAUUCGGCCUCCAGGAGACCGAGGUCCUGGAAGUGAACUGAGCCCAUCUGCAGGGGCCAGCUUCUGGGAGGAACCAGCUGCAAACCGUUUUCUAAAGUUCUUGAGUCUUUUUUUGUUCUGUAAAUUUGGAAGCAUCAUGGGUGUCUGUGGGUCAUUUAAAAGAAAUUAUAAUGAUUUUGUUAAACCGUUA